UCAGUAUGAUAAUGCCAACAAUAUGGGCAGUCAUAUGGAUGAUGAUAAUGAUUCUGACAAACCAUCCAUCAGGAGGAUUUCCGCCAGAUGCUUUAACCGGAAGUGCUUCAUUUACUAAACACCAUGCAGAAAUAACACGUGUUGCCAUUCGAAUUGCUGUUGGUAGAUACAUAAAGGAUAACAACUUAACAGUGAUAGAUGAUACAACCGAUGUCAUUGACGCAGUUAACACAUUAUUUGGAAAUGAUUCAGAUGGCUAUGAGAAAUUCAUUGAAAAGGAAACUGAUAUAGUAGAAAAUGUAAAGGAUCAGGAAAAGUCAAAAGAGGCUCAUAUACACUGCAAUUCUGAACAGAUUGAAUUGGCUCACAACCAUGUUAUAAAACUGAGAAAACAAAUUGAGACACUGUCACAAAGUACGGAACCAGAUCUCUCUUUGAUUCGCAAAAUGAUUGGAAAGUGUAUUUAUACUAUACAGGCUUUUUAUAGCGGCACUAACUGGGUUGAAAUGAAUGGGGAUAUUGUUUACAAAGAUUUUGGUGUCCCAAAUAGGGCGUUAAUGGCUAUUGCUGGUACAUCGGUGGACACUUGCCAAGAUUGUGACAAUUCUGGAACAAUAGAGAAUUCCUGCAACAACAACUUAUUGGUAAGCGAUAUGUUGACUAGCGGAUACCAGACGGGCCAAGAUGUCCAACCUCCAUAUAAAACGAAUGACAACUUUGAUCAAGGGAAGUGUGGAUUUGGAGGUAGUACUGACACUGAAAAUGGUUUCCGAACCGCCAAAGGUGGAAUUAACAAAGAUAGAUUAGACUCUACGUAUUCCCCUCACCGCCAUCUACAUUAUAAAGCAUUUUAUGCGGCACGGAAGGCAACAGAACAAUUUCUAGUAGAUCAGGAUAUAGGUAUCAUAAACGACAUGAACGCAGACACAUUUGUACAGAUAUUUGGGUUGGUUAAGCGUUACCAGGCGUCAUUUGGUUUUGUGAUAGAUGACACUGGCUCCAUGGGAGACGAAAUUGAAGAAGUUCGAAAGGCAUGCAUAGAUAUCAUCACUAAUGUUUUCGGUACUCCAAAUGCGCCAUCCAAUUACAUUUUAGUUACGUUCAAUGAUCCAGUAAAGCAUAUGCAUCGCCUAACGACCUCAAACGGACUAGAAAUGAUAAGUGCACUUGGUAAUCUUACUGUAGAAGGAGGAUUUGACUGUCCGGAGUAUGCAAUGAGCGGAUUAGAGAAAGCUAUUGAGUUAUGCCAAGAACAAUCCACGAUUUUCUUCUAUACUGAUGCUCCAGCAAAAGACGAAGCAGAGAGAGAUACUGUUAUAAGUGCUGCAGAAGAGAAACAUAUUGAUCUUCAACUUUUCGUGCAAAAUGAGACGUGUAGUCCCUUGAGAAAAAGAAGAGCUACCGGUACUUAA